AUGGACAUUGACUUCUUCAAGUCUGGUCAUGAAGAUCAAUUGGACCUGAUGAUGAUGAUGCAGAUGGACAAGCUUUCUGAGCUCUGCGGAGCCUACAACAAUGUCGUUGAAACGCCUACUAUGGAAUUUUCCGGUGGAAGUGGAAGCACAAGUUCCUGCUCUUUGCCACAAAUUAUAGAAAACCCACAAGUUUCUUCACUCUCAUUUAUGAACCCACCAUCCACCAUAUCGUUUAAUAACUCUGCCCAAGUCCAUCAAGAACAUUCAGCACUGAAUUUCCUACCCAAUUCAAGUACUGGGAGGUGGAGCAAUGGCGGUGGUGAAUUAGCUGGUGCAAAUACAUUUCGUUCAGAGUCACAGAAGAGAAAUUCAAUGGCGGCUAUGAGAGAGAUGAUCUUCCGAAUAGCAGCAAUGCAGCCUAUUCAAAUCGAUCCCGAAUCAGUGAAGCCACCUAAGAGGAGGAACGUGAAGAUAUCGAAGGAUCCUCAGAGCGUGGCGGCACGUCACCGGAGAGAGAGGAUAAGUGAGAGAAUUAGGACACUUCAGAGACUUGUGCCAGGAGGAACGAAGAUGGACACAGCCUCCAUGUUAGAUGAAGCAAUUCACUAUGUCAAGUUCUUGAAGAACCAGGUGCAAUCACUUGAACGAGCAGGGGCUAACAAGCCAAUUGGCAUUCAUGGCUUCCCUGUGCCAAUAAUUAGUGGGAAUGGUAGUUAUUUUUCUAUUGCAAAACCCUACCAGUAG